AAAAUAAAAUUCGACAACCCUAAUUUCCAUCGGUGUUUCGUUUCCCUUGGCACAGAGGGAGAUCUUCGUCGGUGUCUGAAGAAUCAUCGGAUUUCCCUUUCCUGUUAGAAAUCGAGGUUUUUUUCGUGUGAAAAGUCGACACGCUGGUGAUAUUUUUGUGUCUGGCACCGUCGUUGAUUUCAUCGGACAGAUCGAGUUCUUGAGGUUCAUUCUCUUUCUGUGUUUCUCUCUCAUCUCUCUAGAACAAAGUUUCUGCUAUAAUGGGAAAGAAAAAGUCGGACGAGAGCGCUGUGACUGUGAAGACGAAGCCGAGUGGAAAAGAUUCUGCUAAGGAUGCGAAAAAGGAUAAAUUAUCAGUCUCUGCCAUGCUUGCAAGCAUGGAUCAGAAACCUGAUAAGCCCAAGAAAGGUUCAUCAUCAUCGUCCAAGGCAAAAUCUGGUCCUAAAGUUUCAUCGUACACCGAUGGCAUUGACCUUCCUCCCUCAGAUGAAGAAGACGAGGGAUAUGUUUCCAAUGAGGAACAAAAACAAAAGGAUGCGAGAAGAAAGCAGAAGAGCGAGCAGAAGCAACUCGAUAUUUCGAUGACUGAUAAGGAGCAGAAGAAGCGAGAAAUGAAGGAAAGAUUAACUCUCCAGGCCGCAGAGCUGGCAAAGAAGGAGGCAUUGAAGGAUGAUCAUGAUGCCUUCACGGUUGUUAUUGGAAGUAGAACUUCAGUGCUUGAAGGGGAAGACACGGCAGAUGCAAAUGUUAAAGAUAUAACCAUCGAAAACUUUUCUGUCUCGGCCCGUGGGAAAGAGCUUCUGAAGAAUGCUUCCGUUAAGAUAUCACAUGGGAAGAGAUACGGUUUGGUUGGUCCAAAUGGGAUGGGGAAAUCUACUCUGUUAAAGCUCUUAGCUUGGAGGAAGAUCCCAGUUCCAAAGAACAUUGAUGUGCUUCUUGUUGAGCAAGAGGUGGUUGGCGAUGAUAAAAGUGCUCUAGAAGCAGUUGUUUCUGCAAAUGAAGAGCUGGUUAAGUUACGUCAAGAGGCUGCAGCUCUUCAGAAUGCAUCUGCAGUAGCUGAUGGAGAAGAAGGCGAUGAUGGGGACGAUACCGGAGAGAAGCUCGUUGAAUUGUAUGAGAGACUGCAGAUAUUGGGGUCAGAUGCUGCGGAAGCCCAGGCAUCAAAGAUUCUGGCUGGGUUGGGUUUCACAAAGGAGAUGCAAGUGCGUCCGACUAAGUCUUUUAGUGGUGGGUGGAGAAUGAGAAUUUCGUUGGCUAGAGCUCUCUUUGUCCAACCUACUCUGUUGUUGUUGGAUGAACCGACUAACCACCUCGACCUGAGGGCUGUUCUCUGGUUAGAGGAGUAUUUGUGCCGUUGGAAGAAAACCCUGGUCGUCGUUUCACAUGAUCGGGACUUUCUCAACACGGUCUGCAGUGAUAUCAUACAUCUGCAUGACCAGAAACUACAGUUUUACCGCGGUAACUUCGAUGAUUUUGAGAGCGGAUAUGAACAGCGUCGCAAGGAGAUGAACAAGAAGUUUGAGAUUUACGAGAAACAGGUUAAAGCAGCUAAGAAGUCUGGAAGUAGAGUCCAGCAGGAAAAGGUGAAGGACCGAGCCAAGUUCGCUGCAGCCAAAGAAGCUUCUAGAAACAAGGCAAAGGGCAAGGUUGACGAGGAUGAGACACCAGCAGAGGCUCCAAAGAAGUGGAGGGAUUAUAGCGUUGAAUUUCACUUCCCAGAACCUACCGAACUGACUCCCCCACUUCUGCAGCUAAUUGAAGUUAGCUUCAGCUACCCGAACAGGCCAGACUUCAGGCUCUCGAACGUUGAUGUAGGCAUCGAUAUGGGGACAAGGGUUGCGAUUGUCGGGCCUAACGGGGCUGGAAAGUCGACUUUGCUGAAUCUUCUCGCAGGAGAUUUGGUUCCGACCGAAGGUGAAGCGAGAAGAAGUCAGAAGCUGAGGAUUGGUAGGUACUCACAGCACUUUGUUGAUCUUCUCACGAUGGGAGAAACACCCGUUCAGUAUCUUCUCCGCCUUCAUCCUGACCAAGAGGGGCUUAGCAAGCAAGAGGCCGUUCGUGCAAAGCUCGGGAAGUUCGGGCUGCCGAGCCACAACCAUCUAACCCCAAUCGCCAAAUUGUCGGGAGGACAGAAGGCUAGGGUUGUGUUCACCUCCAUCUCGAUGUCGAAGCCGCACAUUCUGCUUCUUGACGAGCCCACGAACCACUUAGACAUGCAGAGUAUCGAUGCCUUGGCAGACGCACUGGACGAGUUCACGGGAGGAGUUGUGUUGGUCAGUCACGACUCGAGGCUCAUAUCCCGAGUCUGCGAGGACGAGGAGAAGAGUCAGAUCUGGGUGGUGGAAGAUGGGACGGUGAAGUUCUUCCCAGGCACAUUCGAAGAGUACAAAGAAGACCUCCAGAGAGAAAUCAGAGCAGAGGUUGACGAGUGAUUGAGUAUCGCCUUCUCCGCUUGCUUUCGAGGUGCUUUUUCUUUCACCAUUGCCAAGUUCCAAAGUUUUCAGAGCAAUCUUCACCAUAUACAUCGGCCUUCCUCAUAUCAAGUAAAACCAUAUCACUUUUUUUUGCUGAAAAUAAAGACAUGUUCCAUUGUUUUUUUUUCGUGUCUGUCUAUGUUGAGAAACAAGCUUGUUAGUGUCUUUGAGUGGUUAGCUCGAUCGUUUGGUGUUUGAAGCCAUAGUGUUAAAUUUGCAUA